GCUGGAGCGGUGGCGGCGUAGCGGUGAGCCGGCACGCCGGUGGCCACGGUGAGACAGUGAGUGCCGCGCGCCCGCGGGGACGGUCGUGUCGCCCUGCGUUCUGAGCGCUCUCGUGUGUGUGACUUACGCGGUGCUUGUGUUACGUGCUCCUUCUACUAUAGUACGCAUAUUAUAGUAUUGUUCGAGUGACGCUUACUUCAAGCAUGCUGAUGGUACAAACCAAAACGCAACCGAUGAAAAGCAACAAGAUCAAAGGACCACCUCCAGUGCCUCCGCGGCCUAACCAGAGCGUGGUGGCGGAGGCACUGGCAAAAACGAGGAAGGCCGUCGCGGACUCAAAGGCUAGCUUUACGAAAUCACGCGCCUUCUCCAAGCAGGAGAACCACUAUACAUCCAGAUCCAAAACUUUGGAUAGAGCCAAUACUGUCAGUGAGUCAACAGUGUCGCCCAAACAAAACGGAUUAGCAAGAGUGAAGUCGUUCAUCAGAGACGUGAUUAGUGAUCGAAGCUCUUCUUCGGAUGAAAGAAAGUCCAGUGGUCAAAAUUCCAGACGAAGUUCCAGCGACAGUAGUUCUAUUCCAACACCGACAUCGAAUAAAAAAUCGAAUGAAUCGCUAAACUCUAAAGCAGUUAAAACUUGCAGACAAAUAUUAGUAAGAUCUCUCUCAACAUCGAAUAAGUUGGAUCAAGACUCAAAAUGCAAAGUAUCAAAAUCAUCUAGUUUCGCCGAAAAAACCCUACCUUUACGAAAAGCACCUCCGCCUCCGUUAUCUCCUAAACCUAAGUUAAAACCAAUAAAGCCUUUGCCUGUACAUAAAAGUCCUGUACAUAGCAGUAAAACUAAAAUCUCACCAGACAUAAGUCCUUACUCAUCUCCAAUAGAUGCGAGACCUCUACAAAGUCCUACGUCAGAAGCACCAUACGCGUCGGUUGAGGAAAUGCAAGAAUUUGACGAUAGGCUGAGAAACAGUCCGUCUAAACAAUUAAAUACUCCUAAGGAGAUACAAAAUGUUCCAGAAAGUCCAAAAGUCGAUGAAAAUGUAAACAAAAAUACCAACUCAUUGGAAAGAAAAACAUCGAGGGUGACAGAAAUGUUAAUUUCAGAGAUCAUUGCUAGUAGAAAUAACGACAAAGACGAAGCGCAUACAGUAAUAGAUAAAGGGAAAGAAAGCUUGAAGAUUAACGGUCACGAUACUCCAGACAUGGAAAAGAUGAAAGACAUGAACAACCACGAGAUGUUGAUAUACGAAUUGCAGACGAUGCGGUCACAAUCUAACGUGCCAGAAACAUUAGAUGCCCCGGAGUACGCAGAAACGAAUGGACACUGUGAUUCUGAGGACUCUGAACAAAACUACGCCAUGUCUUCAGUAACCAGCGGGAAUACGGACGAUGAUCAGGCUUACGCAUAUAUACUCGACGAUGACCUUAAGUCUAGACUUCGUAAGCAGUUCCGCGCAAUCAGCACCAUGUCUCUGCAAGGACUACCGCCUCUGCCAAAAAGUCUUAGUGGCUUCGCAGACGGUGAGCCGGACCUCCAAGAAACCCCAUCACCGCCAUCAGACAAACCACCCACAGAUCUCGACUCACAACUCGCUUAUCUCAAGAAAGAAAUGGCGAGUUUACGGCAGCUGGACCUGUCCCUCCUAUCCGAGCUUUGGACGCUGAGCGAAGCCAUGGCGUCAUGGCGACGGCAGCUAGAGCGAGGACCACGCCUUCGACCCGCGCCGCCGCCCCCACCGCCGCCACACUACCUUCGAACAUGAACACCCCUUGACCAUUAAAUACACACAUUGACCACUCAUUCUUGCCCAUACACGUAAAGCUCUUAUAAAGUAAGGCUUUCCUAAUUUCGGAUGUAUCUAUCUGUUUUCGAGCUCAACCGAAAAGUUUCGAGAAGAAUCAGAUACCCAAGUUCUUGCUGCCAGAUUAUAAUGUUGCUCUAAAAAAUGAAACUCACUCCCGUUUUUAUAAAAAAAAGGGAGAAACUUUAUAUCUAUCGCAGAGUUUAUUGAGUUUCCCGAUGUGUGCCUGUGUGCGUACUAUGGUCACUAUGAAGUAUGUUAGUGUGUGUUAUUUAUACAGUCGAUAAGUUGUAAGAAACAUGUUCAGUGUCAUAAUAAUUGAACCAAGGACUGAUAUAGGUUCAAGCAAAGCUGGGUUGCCAGAUUAGAGACUAGGCUUUUUAGAUUAUAAUUUCUACCUGUCUAGCAGUGAAUUUCUUAGACAUUCGAAAUAAUCGCUGUACUCUGUAGCUCUAAUUAAAUAAGCAAAUUGAUAGCUCUUAAGCAAAGGGUUUAUAACAUUUUUAGUUGUUCGAUGUGGCAACCCCAGCCUCGACAUAAGGUGUGAUUCCACCAGUUUUUACCCUAACAAUGUGAAGUGAACAAUUUCAUUGUAUUUAUAUAGUUAUUAAUAAAUAAAAUCUUGUAAAUAAAAAAGUUGUCGUGA